AUGGAACUCUUAUGCCUUGCUCUUGUCUAUGCUGCACAACACUUGCGACACUACUUCCUUACUCACAAGCUACAGCUCAUAGUAAGAUCCGACCUCAUAAGAUAUCUACUCACGAGGCUGGUGUUAUCUGGUCGUCUCGCACGUUGGUUGUUACAGCAAUCUGAAUUCGAUAUCACAUGCGCAACUCCUAAGGCCAUCAAGGGACAAGCCGUAAUUGACAUGCUAGCUUUAUUUCCCGAAGUAGAGGAAUCAACUCUUGCCGAGGAAGUCCUGGGAGAGCUGCCGGAAAUGGUUGCUACUGUUACAGAGGAGGAGCCAUGGACCCUCUACUUUGAUGGGUCUUCCACAUCAAAAGGUGGAGGGGUAGGUGUGGUGCUCAUUAAUCUCGAUGGGCAAGCUACGGCUCUCUCAUUCAAGCUAGACUUUCCAUGCACGAACAAUGUGGCAGAGUACGAAGCUUUUAUUAUGGGAUUGUCCACAGCAAGAGAAAUGGGUGCAGAAAGGGUGAAGAUCAUCGGCGAUUCGAACCUAGUACUAAGCCAAUUGCAAGGAAGCUUUGCUAUAAAGGAAGCAACCUUGGCACCAUAUCGGACAACUGCUGAAAGGCUCAUUAAUUCUUUCAAGCAAGUUCCAGGAGUCACCAAUAGAUACUUUGGCCACAUUGGGAUCAAAGCUCUCAUUUGUACAAGAGUAGCCCAACAUCACCAUGAUAAGGAGAAGCACACCAGUGAUCGAAGCAAUGGCCCAGGAGGACCUGCUGGAAGAAGAUGA